AUGACUACGGAUGCACAAUUCCCCAGUCAGGAAAUCGAGCUUUUCCGAAUCAAAGAGUUCUUGAUAGCUAAUAAUCCAGCAAAAAUUAACAAUGAAAAUAAAGAUGCUAUUUUAACCCAGAUUGAGCAAAAUUUCAGGCAUCUAAUACAGUAUAUUAAGGACGGGUUACCGAAUCUAAACGAGUCAACAAAGUUAAUUUUUCCAGAUACCUUUUCGAUCUGUUUAUUGAGGAGCCAUCAGAUAAUUGCAAGCAAAAAAAUUGACUCUCAAGAAUAUUUAUCGGCAGUGAAAGAGCAUCUCUUAACUGAAACGAAUGCAAAUAUUAUCUUUGAAUAUGUGCUUGACUUUUGGGCCGAUGGUGGGGCCCCACUGAUGAAUGCUUUGAGAGAUUUAUUCGGCAAACUACUGAACUUAUUGAAAAUCACGUAUCCUAUGUCAAUCUUGAAGGAUAUUUUAUUCAAUUGGAUGAAUGAAAUAUUGGAAGUACCCUCUACUUUGCGUGUCCAAUAUUACUUGAUUGAUGCCCUUUCUUUUGACUUUGACCUUUACUAUAUUUUAGAAAAAAAGCCACAUUUCAUUGAUAACUCUUUUUCUUUGAUGAAUUCUGAUUUACUAGCAAACCCAGUGGGUAAAUGCGUUGUUAGUUUGUUGUUAAACGUUUAUGAAAAGCAUUUUAAAAAGGACGAAGCUUUUGUGCAGGAGUGGAUACAAUUGUGGAAAAGUUCUGCUUUAAAAUACAUUCAUGACAACCAAUACACCAAAUCCAUUAAUUUGUAUAUCAUGAUUCCACUAUUCAAAAAUAUGCCAAACUCGAUCUUCACCAUUUUCCUCAAAAGCAUACCUAAGAAAGACCCAUCACUUCUGCUCUCACUGUUAAAGAUUGGCCAGGAAUUGGGGAUCGAAGAAGAACCAUUUUGUGAUAAUAAAUAUACUAGUAUAAAUUCCAUCAACAAACUCUUAGAGCAAGAUGAGUAUAAACUCCAGGUAUUUGAAAUACUGACCUUUUCCACAAAAAAGUCGAAGCCUAUUCGUCCCUUCGUCUUCGAAACUAUCAAACAGUACCUAGAUGUGUUCUUCGUCGAUACCGAGCUUGAACGCAGAAAUUACUUUUGCAGUUCAAUGAAACAUUUUAUAUUCAGGAUUAGAGAUUGUGCUUAUUCUUUAGCUAGAGAUGCCGGAAAGCUCAAGAAGGCUGGGAAAUUUCCUGACGAACAGAAGGAAAAGUUGGCGCAAGUUGAGGAGUCCCAAGCCUUCUUGGUUUGGCUGUGCAGCUCUAUAAAACAUCACCUGGCCCCUGGUACUUUAUAUCAGGCGAAUGUGACCUCAUUAAAACUUUUGCAUAUACUGAUCAAGUCUGGUAUCGACAAAUCUACUCCACAACAAUUUUUAGACAACCAAAACAAAAGAGAAUACCCUUUUUCUCUCCCCAUUUUACAAGAUGUCACAUUUUUAAGGUUGCUCAUUGACCUUUUGGUCAGCAAUUAUGCUGACGUGCGCGAAUUAUCCAAAAAAAUGUUAUUUAUGAUGAUUAGCGCUGAUGAAUCCAGAAGUCUCUUGGAUAGGUUGAACAUAAACGCUCUAAGGCGAACUGCAAACUCUCUUUUGAAUAACUACGAAAAAGGUGAUGCUGGGGCUGCCGUAUACGAGUUCAUAUUUACGAUAAUGGGUUCUCAAAGAAGUUUUAUUGAUCAGACAAUUGAUAUAUUAUCGCGGAUGGUACAAGAUUUGCAAAAUGACAGCAUCGGUUGUGCAGAAAAUUCAGUCGGUACUCACUUUGCUGCACUAAGCUUAGUUUUGAAUAAGUUUAACUCCGAAAAAAACCAUAGAGAUACUUCAAAAACAAUCUCAAAAACAAUAAACCUUGUGCUCAAGGGCUGGGAGGCAACGAGAAAUGUGGUAUGUCAUGAUUCAGCACUUGGAAUACUACCUGAAGUAUAUGCUGAUUGUGGUGUACCGGACCAAGUUAUAAUAAGUCACGCAUUUAGGGCGAUUAAAGAAGCAUCAUAUUUACUCGAAACGAUAUUGAAAGAAUAUCCUUUAACAAGCGAUCAGUUACACAGUAUCGGCGAUCUUUUUACAGUUCAGCUUUCUACUAUUCGUCAUAGUGGGGCCUUCCAAGCUGUUUUACCGGGGUUGAAGGCAUAUUGCAUUCGUUGUCAACUUGAAUUUCCCGCUCUUCUCCAGGAACUUCUAAACAAAAGCAUAAAAUCUUUGAAGUCUAAAACUCAACAUAUUACAAGAAGGUCAGGUGGCUUGCCUUUCUUAGUCACAACUGUCUUAAGUGCCGAGGUUACCAAAGGGAGACCUCUGUUGCAAAAAACUUUUGAAGACUUACUUCUCAUUGCAAGAUUACCAGUUCCCCCCCAUCAGGAUGAGUUUGAUUUACCACAGGUUAAUGCUAUCAAUUGUAUAAACGCAAUAUUUGUUGAACCUAAGCUCUCUGCACAUUGUACGUCAUUUGUCUCUGAGGCAUUAGAACUAGCCUUAUUAAAUUUUGACUGUGAUAUAUGGGCUUUAAGAAACUGUUCUCUCAUGCUAUUUACCUCCCUGCAAAAUAGAAUUUUUGGAAAAGUGGGCAGAAGCGCUAGUGCAAAAUUAUUCUUUACCAAAUAUUCUGGCUUGAGACAACUGCUCUUAGAUAUUUUAAACAAUUCUGUUGCUCAAUAUUCUGGAAAUGAAAGGAAAACAUAUCAUAUUGAAAGCAUUUUUUUGAUCCUUAAUGUAUUACUGAGAUUACGGCCUACACCAGGUUAUGCUGGUCUAAAAGAAUUCAACGUUUCCAUUUAUGUGUGUUUAUCAAAUGAGAACUGGAAGAUCAGAGAUAUGGCAUCCAGAGUAUUGCAUUCGUUGUCCGAAAAAUUUGAAGAAGAAGUAAGAAAAUUGCUUGAAUUGGCUUCUAUUGAGAAUCAGAACCAGUUACAUGGACACUUGCUUGCACUUCAACAAUUGGUGCCACAAUACCUUUCAGAAAAUAAAGAUACGGAGUUGAUUCAAAAAAUAUUUGAAAAGAAAAGGAUGAUUUUACUGGAGAACAAGUGUUUCAUUACCAAGAAGGCCUACUUAAAAUUAACGUGGUGUAUAUUGGAAACAUGUGACAUACCUGAUUUAGUUUUGAAGGAUUAUACCAGCACUUUAGGGAAUAUAUUUAUUACUGAAAAUAACGAAUACGUUGUCAAUGGUAGCAAACAGCUGUAUCUUUCACAAAUAUUAAGCAUCCUCUUAAAGUAUGAGGAUAGUAUACAUUUGCAUGAUAUUUGUUUAUUAGGAUUGCAAUCUCCAUUUUAUGAAGUUCAACUUAACACAUUGCAGUACAUGAAUAAUAACUUUCACUGGGAAACUAAAAGAAGUUCUGAAUUUUUUGAACAACUACAACCAUUACUCACAGUUACAGAUUUGCUGCCCAUGGCUAAAGCUCUAGUAGUGAAAAUUCUCUCAAGAAAGGAGGGUGCUUUAUCCCUGGCAACUUGCACUGAACUUCUAAAAGCGGAUAAUAGUGAAGACGCGAAACUCGCUGCCGUUUCAUCACUGAGCACCCAAUUGUCUUCACAGACAUUUCACUGGAUAUGGAAUUUGUUACGGGGUUUUUUUUCCGAUUCUUGUUCCAAAGAUUUCAGAUUAGCAUCUUUAGAAUGUUUAACUGCUUUUCCGGAAAGUUGUAAGAACUUCAAAAUACUAUUACAGUUUUAUAACUUUUUAUGGGACGAUGAUUCGGAAAUAAGAGAGAAGGCUUCCUUUUAUUUGAACAAGUACUUCAUACAAGCUGAAGACUGGGAAUGUAACAAGAAUACCGGUGUGACCGCUCUUAUAUUUACAGGAAAGUUUGUUGAAGUAUUCACAGGUUCUGAGGUAGUAGAAGAAUUGUGCUCGCAGUUGUUCCAAUAUCUAAAUGAAUAUGAUAUGUUUGCUGCCAGAAAAUCGGUGAAAAAUUGUCUAUUUACCACAGAAAAGGAUAACCAGUUCAUUAACGAACUACAAAGGGCAAUGCAUCUAUUAGAUAUGAUAAAAUCAACUGCAAAGGACAUUUCAAAGUGUUACAAGGAUCAGAUAUCCCACCUAAAAAGUGCUCUAUUGAAACACCUCAACAAUGCGGAUUUGAAAGACUCCCCCCUCGGCUGGUGUUCUAAUACUGAAAUAUUUUCAAGGAUAACGCUCUUAAAGGAACUGAUCCAACAGUAUUUUCCUUCAAAUUAUGAGAAUUUUAUUGAUGAUCUGACUAGACAUUCCGUUCAUCCCCUAAUUAUCAGUUAUUCCCAGUUCUAG